ACGCAUACGCACGUGUGCUCACAUAAUCCGAUCGUAUCAUCUCGUUUUUUGUGGAAACCCUUCCCUGACAAGUUGCCGAUCGCGCGCAAAGCCUUCGAAUCGACACGAACGCCGGGCCGAGAUCCCGGUGAUAUCUUAUCGCGUUUCAGUGAUGUAUCGUCAUCGAUCAUUGAAAUCGACAUCAUCGAUUUAUCGAGGACCGUUUUUUUUCCGAAGCAGUGCACAAUCAACCGGAGAAGUUACGCACGAUUGCGCGUUGAUUCCUCUAAAGGGUUGUCUCGUUGUUAUUUCCGCUAGCGAGUACGUGAGUUAGCGGAUUCCAGCACGUCGAUUUGUAUCACCUAAGUGCGGCCCAAAGAUGUAUUAUCUGCAGCUGGUCGUGCUCUGCGUGACGGUAGCCAGCGUUAUUGGUGAUCUGCCACCGGGCACACGGCGCAACACUUACCUACCGCCAGAGCCAACGAAAGGCGGCGGUUACACUUACAACAAGCCGACGGUGCCGUUUCCGAAACCCACGCCAACGUAUCCUACGCGACCGACCCCGAGCUUCCCCGUAUCUAGACCGACACCGUCCUUCCCCGGAACCAGGCCGACACCGUCCUUCCCCGGAACCAGGCCGACACCUUCCUUCCCCGGAACCAGGCCGACACCGACCUUCCCCAGACCGACGCCCACUUACCCGACGGGACCUACCAGACCUACCCCGGGAACCUUCCCGACGCCGUCACCGGGAACAGGAUACCCUAGACCGAGACCCACACCUUCUUUCCCGGAUUAUAAUGGCCAAGGAAGCGGCGGUGAUGGAAGCCUUAUCGGCCCUGGUCAUGAUCAUCAUCAUCACGAACCUGGUAUGCCCUUCGACUUCAACUACGCCGUAAAGGAGGACGCUUUCGGCAACGAUUAUUCCCACAAUGCUAUUAGCGACGGCGAAAUCGUUCGCGGCGAAUAUAAGGUACAACUACCGGACGGUAGAACGCAAGUUGUGCGAUACACCGCGGAUUGGCAACACGGUUUCAGCGCACAGGUCUCUUAUGACGGGAAUCCUCGCUUCGACGGAAGACCGGGAGGAGGUUUCAAUCGAGGCUACUAGCUUUAGCGUCGGGUUCUAGGGUUGUUCAACUUCUGUUAAAUCGCAAAGACUACAGAGCACAACGAAUCGUCGCAUAUACCGCAUGUAACAAUAUUUUUAAAGAUAUUGGAGAUUAGCAAGGAUGUAUCGUGAAAAAUAUGACAGCUUGCGCAGAGGACAAAUGUUCACUAUAUAUUUCUAAAUUACGAUACCAACCGAUAAACGUAUUCAGCAUUUUUUGAAAUUGACGAAAAAUUGAUACAUAACGAUGUUCCUCGCGAAACUUGAAAUUUCUCCUCAGCGAUAAAAGCGAACAGAAGAUUCUUGUAACAUUUUUUUUUAAUUUCGAUAUUUUGAUAUCGAUUUCAAUGUCAUUCGAUAUUUAAACUUCAUCCACAAAUCAGAACUAUGUAUAUUAAAUUCUACAUCUAUUCAAAGAAUAUAAAUAAUAAUUGUAAUGUUCAUUUGCAAUGUUUAAUCGAGAAGCUUUUUUCAUAGCUCAUAGUUGAGAAAAAUUACUAAUAGAAUUUAUUGCUUAUAUAUGUUUUCAAUAAAUAAAUAAAAAUAUUUUUUUAACACAAAA